AUCUAGACUCAACUCACCCAUAAUUUUCUCCAUCUCCGUUUCUUUUUUGUCAUCACAUUUGCAAUGGGAAAACUCACAGGAUUUCUAAUUUUUUCAAGCCUCUUCACAGGCUUAGUGGUUGCAGCAGACUGGAACAUUUUGAAAAACCAGAAAAACAAGAACAAUGGGGUAGGAGAUGGCUUGAAGAAGUACUGUGAGAGUUGGAGGAUCAAUGUGGAAGUGAACAACAUUAGAGGUUUUGAUGUGGUGCCCCAAGAAUGUGUCCAGUACAUUCAGAAAUACAUGACAUCCUCUCAGUACAAGGCUGAUUCAGAGAAGGCCUUGGAGGAGGUCACUUUCUACUUGAGCAGCUGCUGCACAUUGGAAGGUGAUGGCAAAGAUGCAUGGAUUUUUGAUGUUGAUGAUACACUUCUCUCCACCAUUCCUUACUUCAAGACACAUGGUUUUGGGGGAGAGAAGAUCAAUGCAACUUCUUUGGAGGCAUGGAUGAGAGAGAGUAAGGCACCAGCUCUUGAGCACACACUGAAGCUCUUCCAUGAGAUAAAAAACAGAGGACUAAAAAUAUUUUUGAUCUCCUCAAGAAGGGAAAACCUUAGAUCCUCAAGUGUGGACAAUCUCAUUAAGGUUGGAUACCAUGGAUGGACUGGUCUUAUAUUAAGGAGUCGUUUUGAAUACAGGGGUCUUGAAGAUGAGUUCAUGGAAGUGCAAAAAUACAAGUCUAAGGCAAGGCACAGAUUGGUUGAUGAAGGCUACCUCAUCUGGGGCAUCAUUGGAGAUCAAUGGAGCAGCUUUGAGGGCCUUCCAAUUGCCAAAAGGACAUUCAAAUUACCCAAUUCCAUGUACUACAAUUAGCAUGAAAUUUCAGUCCAUAAAUUAUAAAUUAUAAAGCACAAUAUUGCUGUUCCUCUGUGCUUCUUUGUGCACUUAUUUGACUAGCCAAAACAAAAGCACUUUUGUCCUUUCUCAGUACAAUGUUAGUGGUAGUGGGUAUGAACUAUAUGCUCUGCUGCGUUGUAUUGCAAAGUUGUGGGUUUUAAGUGCUUCUGCAUUUGAAGUUCCUGCAUGUUCAAAGGAAAGUACCUCAAAAGUCAAGGAGACAACUUGAUGUUUUUUCCCCCUUUUAAAUCCAUUGAAU